CGCUGCUGUUACAUGAAGAGAUGCUGCCAUUGGUGCUGCUGUCACGUUGAGUUCAGUCUGGAGGAUCAGCAUGAAGACACUCCUCCUCAAAAACUCCAUAAGAGCCGCAGAGCCGCUCAGAUCAGACUACAGACAACCAGCAGACAAACACUGCACACGGGACCAUUACACUGUCGAUAUAAGCUGUUUGUCAGGAUGCGGGUGUUGCUGUGCAGUUUUCUGCUCCUGCUGGGAGAGGAUGCUCUCCUGGCCUGCUCUCUGAAGAACUAUACUCUGUAUGUGGAGAAACACGAGUGCGGACACUGCAUGGCCAUCAACACCACCGUCUGCAGCGGCAUGUGCUUCACACGGGACACAAACGUGCAAGGGUUUGUGGGCAAGCGUUUCCUGCUGCAGCAGAGCUGUAUGCACCGCUCUCUGGUGUACCGCUCUGCCAGGAUGCCCGGCUGCCCCGUCCACAUCGACCCGCUCUUCUUCUACCCAGUGGCCCGGCGCUGCAACUGCACCAAAUGCAACACCAGCCGGAACGAGUGUGUGUUCAGACACAAGCACAAACACAACAGAUGCUCCAAGCAGCUGCGCACCGUCUGAACACACACCGGCCCAUAUUCUGUGUGUUUUCUGUUUAUUAGCGGUGGUGAACUGCAUUAUGUGAUGUUGAUCUCUGCUCUGUCCACUCCUGAUGCUCAUAAUUCAACUCUACAGUUUAACAAAGUGACUUUUAUUGACAUUUUAGUGGUGUGAAAUAAUAUAAGAGAUCAUAUGUAGAGGAAUAAGAGUGUAGAAUAGCAGAACAUGUGCUGCAGUUUAUUACAAGCUCACUGUAGAGUAAUAUACAACACCAACACAC